AUGACGGAUGAAGAGGGACAACUAAAUUUUGAUCAGAUUCGUGCAAAAUUUAUCCACAACGAGAGUCAUGAGGGGAAUUCUCAUUUUAGGGCAAAAUCUCUCACUCCACAAGUGCCAAUCAGAAAUGGUGAAAGGGCAAUGUCAAAUCAUUCCCAUUCUGAAGAUAAGUUAACACCAACAAGGAGGGCGCCUGAUCCGCCAAUCAAUAACAACAACAUUUCGCCUCCAAUAUUUUUUCCUAUUGAAGAAGAAAAACCACAUUUAGAACACAUUGAAGAAAAGGGAAAUUAUGUAAAGAGUGUUGCUGAGCGAUUGGAUAAAAUGCAGUUAUUCCGACCUAUUGAACAGCGCCGAAGUGAAGAAAUUAUUGUAAAUGAUACAAAUGAACUUCGAUUUUCUGAAGCAGAAAUAAUUCAGGUUGCGGAUAUUUGUGAUUCAGAUUCUGAAUAUUCUGUUCUUUCAUAUUCUACAACGAAUGAUACAUUAGUUUUAAAUAGGAGAAAAUCAAAUCCUUUUGAAUCAAAAGAGAAGUUAUUUGCUGGUAUUCUAAGUGAAAUGAUGAGUAAAGAUAACUUUAAAAGGCUAGCUAUUAAAAGCGGUCUUCCCUCUGAUGUUGGCACUUUAAGAACUUCUGCAAAAAAGAAAUGCCGAAAAGUUCGUGCUAGUGAUCCAAACCGUUCCUGUCGGGAAAAUGGCGAAUGCUCAAGAUUGGUUAAAUCACAAACAGAACCUAGUCAAUUCCCUCAAAAAGAAGAAGAUAAAGAUGAAAUGAAACAAAAAACUAUAAGCAUGGCAAGUACUAAUAGUAGCAGUAUUUACUCAGCAGAAGAUUCUUUGUCUGAUCUGCCCGAAAUUCCUUUUUACAACACAGGAGACGAAAAAGAAAAUGAUCGUCUGAGACAAUUACAUUUUAUUGUAGCUGAAUUUUAUAAAGUGGAAAGAGGUUUCGUAGAGUUAUUACAACAUAUCGGUGUAAAUUAUCCAAAAUAUUUGGAAGAAUGUCAAAGAAGAAAUGGCUAUAAAUGGUUAACCCCUUCUAAAGGUUCUCAUUCUCCUGGGGAUGUAAUUACACGAAUUACUAACCAUUUACAAAUGAUAUUAGCUGUUCAUGAAGAUUUUCUGAAUUCAUUUGAAAUUAAAUUAAGAAAAUGGGAUUCAACAAAUCCAGAUUUUGCUGAAGUUUUUAAAAAUGCUGAUUAUUUAAAAAUUUGUAAUGAUUUUUUAAAAGAAAAACGAACACUUACUGAUGAAUUUAUUCAAUAUCUAAAGGAUAAUUCAGAGUUGGCUUUGGCUACAAGGACAUUUGAACAGGAAGGAUUUACAGAACAACAUAAAAAUAAUAAUAAUAAAAUAAAUAAAUUGAUUAAAAAUAAUAUAAAUAAACAUUAUAUUGCUCUACAAUUAGACAAAGUUCAUCAAAAUAUAGUUCAAUAUAAAAGUCAAAUGGAACGUUACAAAAAAUAUUUACCUCAAAAUUGUGUUGAAGCUGAACUUGCAGAUAAAGCUUUAAGGAAAUUGGAAGAUGUUUCUAGUGGAGUAAAUCAAUAUUUAGUUGGGGCAGAUAAUAAUGAAUUAUUAGAAUUACAUCGAAGACUUCAAGGAUCUUUUGAUGUUUUUGAACCUGGAAGAAAACUUCUUCACAAAGGAGAAUUACUUAGAUAUACAAGAAAAACGCCACAGCCUCGUUAUUUAGUUCUUUUUUCUGAUUUUCUGCUUAUUUGUAAAUAUCCUUCAAUUGGUGAUGCAUUUGAAAAAUUUCAUAAAAUUAAAGUAGAAGAUAUUCAAUUAAAUAUUAAAGAUCAUGUUGAUUACGAGAUUGAAUUUACUUUAAUUUCUCCACAAAAAUCCAGCAGUUUUGGAGCUAAAGAUAAACGAGAAAGGGAUGUUUGGGUACAAAGAAUUUCUGAAGCUAAAACAAAAUUUUUGUUUUUAACUAAAUUAAAUAAUAAUAAUUCUUUAAAUGAUCGAAGAAAUUUAUUAGAGAAUGGAAAUGGAGAAGUAGAAGAAGUAGAAAAAUCUUCGAAAAUUGAAUUUUCAUCUGCAGCCCCAGAAUGGAUGCGUGAUAGUAAAACAACAAAAUGUUUAAUUGUUGGAUGUGAAACAAAAUUUAAUUUAGUAAAAAGAAGGCAUCAUUGUAGAGCUUGUGGUUGGAUAAUUUGCGGUAAAUGUGUUGGGUAUGCUCCAGUAGUUAAUUUAGAAUGGGAACGAGAUAUUGUUUGUCCUGAAUGUUUUGAAAAGACUGUUAUAGCUUUUGAACGAGGAACUCUAUUUACGUCACAAAAAGUUAGAGUAAUUAAAACAGAUGAUGAAACAGAAUUACCUGAAAAUUGUCUAAAAAAGUAUUCAAUUAAUGAUAUUUCUUUACGAAUUUUUUAUGAAAAUGGUUCUCGUCUUUUACCUUUAUCUAAAUUAUUUAUAAUGUCAAAAAAUGGAAUUAGAAAGAAAAUUAUUGUUAAAGAAAUGGUUUCUAUUGAUAAUUCAUUUCCAUCUGGAAUUGUUUUUUUGAGGAAUUCACGAGGAAUUGUAUUACAACGAUGGGCAAGACUUUUAGAUCAAUUUUGCCUAAAUUUUUAUGAGGCGGAAUUUGAUGAUAAACCAAGUGAAAGUUAUUUUAUUUAUGGUUAUUCGGUAACAUCAAAGGAAACAGAAAAGGACGGCACGGUUAUAGAAUUAACCCAUCAUAAUCAAAUAAAAACGGAGAGAAAGGGGGAUGAAAUUAUUUUUUGUGUGAGACAUCCAGGAUCGGCAACAAAUUGGUUAAAUGCAUUAAAUGAAAUGUUGGAAAUUGAUGCUUAA